GUGAUUCCCUUCCUAUUGCUGUCCAGAAGCAGGAUCACGAUUUUUGGAAGCAUCCUUCGGGCUGAACAGACCGCUAGGGGGGGUGCAAAGCCCGGCAGCCCUUCCGCAGCCCGCAGGAAGCAGGAAGGGGGUUGGUAUGGGACGAGGUUCGGUACCAGUGGCAUUUUAGGGACCCCUCGGCCACCCGUAGGUGCGGGCUCUGCGUGGCUCUGCGUGGCUCUGAGCGUUCCCGGACACGCGUGGGGCUGCUGGGGAGGGCUCGCCCCGUGGGCACGGUGAUGAUUGCGUGUGUGGUUUGGGGACGGGUGGCACUAAAGGGACCCACUUGGGGUCACGCAGCAUCACUGCGGUGUGGGCGGCCCCAUGGGGAUGCUGCGGGAUGCAUGUCCCCAUGGUGCACCGCGGUAUCCCCGUGUACAUUAUGGUACCCCGUGGGUGCCCAUCCCAUUUCCCCACAGGUCUCUCUGCUUCCAUCCCUGCAGCGCUCCGUCCCGUGGUGCCGAGGCCAUGGUGGUCCUGCGGGCCGGGCUGUGCCCUGGUCUCACCGAAGAGAUGAUCCAACUCCUCAGGGCAAACAACAUCAGAACUGUGGUGGACUUUGUGUCAUCAGAUCUAGAGGACGUUGCCCAGAACUGUUCCUUGUCUUACAAGGCGCUGGUGGCUGUGCGCCGUGUGCUGCUGGCCCAGUUCUCAGCCUUCCCUACCAAUGGUGCAGACCUCUAUGAGGAGCUCAAGAGCUCCACUGCCAUCCUGCCGACCGGCAGCUCCAGCUUGGACCAGCUGCUGGACGCAGGGCUGUACACCGGGGAGGUGACAGAGCUGGCAGGAGCACCAGGCAGUGGGAAAACACAGGUUUGCCUCAGCAUCGCAGCCAGCGUGUCCCUCGGCCUCAGGCAGCACGUCGUCUUCCUUGACUCCACAGGGGGGUUCACUGCCUCCCGCCUCUACCAGAUGCUCCAGGCCCGGGUGGAGGACAAGGAGGAGCAGCUGGAGGCCCUGCAGCGGGUGCAGGUGGUCCGUGUGUUUGACGUCUAUGAGAUGCUGCGUGCCCUGCAUGAGGUGCGGGACUGCCUCUCCCAACAGGUGGGGAGCUCGGCUGGGCCGCUCAAGGCAGUGCUCAUUGAUUCAGUGUCAGCCGUGCUGUCCCCGCUGCUGGGUGGCCGGCAGUCAGAGGGCUUGGCCAUCAUGAUGCAACUGGCCCAGGAGCUGAAGACAUUGGCCAAAGAGUUCAGCGUGGCGGUGGUGGUGACCAACCAGGUGACAAGGGACAGCAGCACCGGCGCUCUCAAGUCAGCACUUGGCCGCUCCUGGAGCUUUGUGCCCAGCACCCGUGUGCUGCUGCAGGGCAGAGCAGCGCCAUGGGAGGAGGGCACUGCUCCACUCACUGCCUGCUUGGCCAAGUCACCGCGCCAGCCAACAGGGAUGCAGGUGCAGCUGGAUAUUGACAGCGAUUGUGUGCAGGAGCAGAGGCCAGUGACUCCCACACCAUGACCCUGAUGGGGACGGAAAAGCAAAUGUCAAGGUCUGGGAGAGCUGUAAAAACCAUGCAGACGCUGAGCACAGACUGCCUCUGAGUCCCACAGCACAGAACAGCUCCUGUUCUGCCCUGUGAGAAAAUAUGCAUGGGGUUCCCUGGAGAGCUCUCUUGGCACAUGUGUGGUUGGCAUGGGGUAGGCAGGUCCCCUCCUCUGCCACCAGUGGGACUGUAACAUCCUGUAACAUCCUGUAACACCACUGCCAGUGGCUUGGGAUCACAACCUUGCAGUGGUUUUGUUCCCACCUCAUAACUGCUGCCUUGGGCAGCCCAUGGUGCUCUUGGUUGAGAAAUAAAGGUGUUGCAUACUUACAGUCCAAGGCUGUGAUUCAAUGCAUGGCAAGUUCUGCUUAGCUUCAGAUUUCUCAGUAGUGCUUAGCAUAGGUGGGAUGAGUUAGUGAGCAGGGAUGCAAUGGACACUGGAUGUGACCCCAUCGAUUUAACAGCCCUGCAGCGUUUUGGAGCACUGUUGUGCUGCAUGAAGACUAAAAUGCAUUUUAAAGUUACAUUUUUGUGCUUCUCUGGGAUUUCCAUGCCUGGGGCUGGUUAUGUUGGGGCAGUUUUCCUGUCUGCAGGAACUCACAGAAUGAUCCUUAUGAGCAGGGGGGCUGUACAGAGCCAUGGUUUUGUCUGGAGCAGAGGGGUUUUCCAUCUGCCUCCUUCCCCUAAAUCAUGGGAGGUUGCAGUCAUCAGCCCCACGUGAUGCUGGGUUUGGGAAAUGCUCCUUCUGCACUUUGUCACUGUGGGCUGUCAUGGGAUGGUGACUCAAAGGGAGGGGAAGGGGAAGGGAACAGGGAAAGGUGACGAAGCUGCACUGCUCCAAAGCUCCUGGUACAGCUUGAGACUUUCAUCUGCUUGCAGUCUGCUCUGUGCCCUGCUGGGGCAAGGUGUGCAGGGUGUGGGGUUUGGUGCUGUGGUCCCGAAUUCCUGGUGAUGAUGCUGUGGGUUCUGUGUGCCAUUUGGCAUGGGCACAACGAUGGCUUCAGGUGACAGCAGUCUGUUACCUAUGCUGGAAAAUCUCAGCUUCUCACUCAGGCUGCUUUGCCCUAAAUUCUCAUAAUAAAAGUAGGUCAAAAAGAGUUUCUGACCUAAAAAUCCUAAUUCAGCCUUUCUCCCUGUGCUCAGCCAGGCAGUCAAUCCUGGGGUCAGCGCUUGGCUGUGCCACUGCAGG